AUGGAGAAGAUGCUUCCUCCUUUUGCUGGGCCGAGUAGUGAGUUGACUAAGUUUGUUGGUGGCCUCAAGGACGAUCCCGAGGUGUUGGAUAAACCGGUAAAGGCCUUAGCUAAAGGCCUAACACGAAGUGAAGAACCGACGAAAGUCCGACACUUAAAGGCAUGGUUCUUUGGGCAUAACCAGAUAGCAAAACAAGAGGUGGAUGAGGAAUUAGUUGCGUUCCUCCAGAGUGCUAUGUCUACAGACAGGUUGCGAUGGAAACUAGAUAGCAGGGGUGUGAAAGGUAUAUUCGUCGGAUAUGACAAGGGUAGCCCUGCGUACCUGGUUUACAUGCCUAUACUUGAGAAUAAGAAGGAUUGCAUCCAUUUAGCUGUCCCUACCACAGAGGUCAGCUCUGAUGAAGAGCCGAUUCCAUUGAAGCGAACGGUUAGGAAGAAAACAUUCAGUGACUGCGUAACAGAAUCGAUGGAAGCAAGCGGAGGCUCGACUUCAUCGGAGCAAUCCGAUCCACAAGAAAUCCUCAGCAUGCUUCCUUCUGAAUCGACAUUAGAACCACUGCAAGAAAGUGCUGAGUUAACCUCUCCUCCAGCAAAAAAGAGAAAGCAGCUGGUACCAAAGAAAGCUUUAUUGGGAAAGCCCAUGUCCCAGACAAGCACCUCAGGCAGCGCCACACAGAAGAGCCCGGCCAGUACCCGAAGAUCUACUGCGUUUCCGAUGUCGGAUGCAAAGUUUCAAAGAAAAGUCCUCUACAUGCUGAGUGAAAUCCGCAGCGUGAUGAAGAACGUUAAAAGUCAUGAGGACCCAGAGGAGCCAGAGUUUCACGUUGAGCAAGUCUCAACACUCGAGGCACUGAUGCAAUGGGAGAAAGAAUUGAAAACGCCCGAGAAUCGACAGUUGGUGAUAUCCCAACUCUCGAGAAUUGGUGGGGUGAGCCUCAGAGACAAUGUCAAUAAGGUGUUACACAGAAUAAUGAGCAACAAAGUUGUGGCCCAAAUAAACAUGAAAGGAGCAAAAGGGAAACUGGCGCUUGCUGGAACAGAAUUGUUUUCCAUAGUAACAG